AUGGGGGCCAGAAAUUAUCCAAGACAUGUGCAAGAAGAUAUCGAAAAUCAAACAACGAUUGGCAAUAGCACAAAGUCAUCAAAAAAGCUACGCCAAUGCGAGAGGAUGAGAAUUGGAGUUCAAAAUCGCACAAAAGUUUUCCUCAAGAUCACUCCUAUGAAAGGAGUAUUGCGGUUUGGGAGGAAAGGGAAGUUAAGUCCUAGGUUCGUUGGCCCAUUUGAAAUACUUGAGAAAUUUGGAACGGUCGCAUAUAGAUUAGUGCUACCACCAAACCUAGCUAGAGUUCACAACAUGUUUCAUAUAUCAAUGUUGAGGAAGUAUGUCUUGGACCCAACUCUCAUCUUGGAUAGCAAACCCCUCCAGAUUCGCCCCAACAUGACCUACGAGGAGACACCAAUCAAAGUGCUUGAUAGAAAAGAGCAAGUCCUGAGAAACAAGAGCAUCCCUGUAGUGAAGAUCUUAUGGAAUAAUCACUCUAUGGAAGAAGCUUCGUGGGAAUUGGAAGAGGUCAUGUAG